AUGACUUCAGUUGAUAAAGAUAAAGAUAAAAAUCAAGAUCAAGAAAUCAUCAAAAGUCAAGAAAAUAAAAGAAGAAAAUCAAUUAAAGAAGAUCUUGAUAUUAAUAAUCAUCAAUCAAGUAAUAAAAAAGUUCAUACCGAAAAAAUUGACUCCUCAACAAUCAAUCAAUUAGUUAAUCAAGAAUUUGAUACAAAUGAAAUGGAUCCAGAACAAAUUGAUUAUACAUUUUUCAAAAUAACUGAAUUAAGAAAAGAUUUAAAAAAUGAUUUUACAAACACUUCAAUUAAUUUAGUAACAAAUUUAUAUAAUAAAAUUGAAGAACAAGCAUCUGAAUUUAAAUUAAGUAAAAAAGAAAUUAAUUAUUUUAUGUCAACAAUCAGUAAAGAUGCAAUGGGUGAUGCAUUAUUUUAUGAAUUUGUUAAUAUUGGUAAAAAAUUAAAUUCAUUAUUUAGAAGUCAAUCAACUGAAAAAAUCAAUGUUCUGACUUUAGUUUUUUGGUAUUACGAAUUAAAAACCCAAACAUACCAAAGUUCAUAA